UAUCAGCACAAGUCUCAGUUAAACUAUUUGAUGAGAAUAGUGAAUCUUCUGAUGAUGGUUCUUGGUAUAUGGAUGAUGCCUACAAUUUUGUCUGCUUUAUUUAGAAAAUUUACGAGUAUGCUUCAAUUUAUAUCCGGACGUUCAUUCACAAACAUGCACUUGUUACAUGAUUAUUUAAUUAUUUUUGUUACUUAGAAAGACUCUUCGCAACAUGUCAAGAGUGAGCUUCCUUGAAACUUCAUUCAAACUAUACUACAGUUUCUCGAGAAUUUUCUCAACACGUUGAGAGUGUGCUUCCCUAAAAUUUCGUAACUCUUUAGUCAAGUCUCCUUUUACACAUUUUUAGUCGUCAAAUUUUGUCCCUUCAUUAAUUUUCUAGCUCUUUGUUUUGGCUCUACGUAAAUCUGUUUAUUUAUUUAUUUAGAGUUGGUGAGAUGCUUUAGUUCUCAAUGAUCAAGUAAUUAAUCUUUUGUUUACUUUAACGUCUUGAUAAUGUAAUUUAAUAAUUAAAUAUUGUUUGAUCAUCCAAAUAAUAAAAGAGAGAGAACGAAGACCAUUGGUGAAAGAGACCCAAAAACAAAAAAACUAAAAAAAAAAAGGUUCUCUUCAUCAUCGGUUCCUACUUUGGUGUGAGUGAUUUUCUACCGACAAUUACCAUUCCUCUCCGAUUGUGAGGAGCGACUUUGCAAUGGCGUUGAGCACGCAAAGGGCCUCUGCAUCUCUUCUUUCAUCUGAAUCAGCUCCUCGAUGGAAGUAUGACGUGUUUCUGAGUUUCAGAGGUGUAGACACCCGCAAGGGUUUUGUCUCCCAUCUAUACCACGAAUUGUGCAAGUGCCAAGGAAUUAUGACUUUCAUGGACGAUCGAGAACUUGUAGGUGGAACAAGUAUUCCUCUGGAGCUACCGAGUGCGAUCAAAGAAUCACAUACUGCAAUUGUUGUUCUCUCGCCAACCUAUGCUUCUUCCAAAUGGUGCUUGACUGAACUUACAAACAUUAUUCAGUGCAUGGAAGGCAGGAACUCAAUUCUCCCAGUCUUUUAUGGUGUCGAUCCCUCUGACGUGGGAAAUCAGAGGGCGAGGUUUGCUGAAGCCUUCGCCGAGCAUGAAGGAAAGUUGACUAGCACUGAAGACAAAAUGAAGGUGACUCAGUGGAAAGCUGCUUUAAAAACAGUGUCGAAAAUUUGGUGGGAUUCGAAGAAUUUUAAGUGUGAAAGAGAGCUGAUUGAUGACAUCGUCAAAUGUGUGUGGAGGAAGGUGCAAGCUACAAUGACUUUGUCAGAUUCCUCACAGAAGUUAGUCGGAAUUGAUUCCGCGCUCGAGCAACUAACUAUUUUAUUAGCUCUUGAUGCAAAUGAUGUUCGCUUUAUUGGGAUAACUGGGAUGGGUGGCAUAGGCAAGACAACCCUUGCUAAGCUAGUUUUUGAUAAAAUCUUCCAUCAUUUUGAAGUUCACUGUUUUCUUGCUAAUGUUAGAGAGGUUUGUGCAAGAGAUCGUACUGUUGUUAGCCUUCAAAAACAACUUCUUUUCCCAAUCUUGAAGGACAAGAAGGAAGAAAUUUGGGAUGAAGAGUGCGGAAGAAUUUACAGUAAGAAGUGCUUGUGCAAUAAGAAGGUUCUUCUCGUACUUGAUGAUGUGGAUGAAUUAAACCAACUAGAAGUACUGGCUGGGAAUCAAAGUUGGUUUGGUAUGGGGAGCAGAAUCAUCAUUACAACAAGAAAUGAAGGUCUGCUCGUCCAGCAUGGUAUAGCAACAUCAUAUAAGGUUGAGGGAUUGAAUUAUGGAGAAGCUCUUGAGCUCUUUAGCUUCCAUGCCUUCAAAAAAGACCAACGAGAAGACUUUUUGGAACUUUCUGACCGUUUCCUGAACCAUGCCAGAGGCCUUCCCUUGGUUCUUAAAGUUUUAGGGUCUUUUUUGUAUAGGAGAGGGCGAGAUGCAUGGAAUAGUGAGUUGGAUAAUCUACUUAAAAUUCCCAAUCAGAAUAUUUUUUAUUCGCUCAAAGUUAGUUAUGAUGGACUCCGGCUGAUGGAGAAGAGAAUUUUCCUUGAUGUUGCAUGUUUCCACAAAGGGAAGUACACAAAGCAAGUAAUUCAAGUACUAGACAAUUCUUUUGGAAUUUCUAGUUGUAUUCUAAUAGAUUUGCUAAUUGAGAGAUCUCUUCUAUUCAAUGAUUACGAACAAAAUAGGGAUGCAUGAUUUCAUACAACAAAUGGCAUGGACAAUUGUUCGUCAAGAAUCUGAAAAGCCUGGUCUACGAAGUAGGUUAUGGCUUCCUAAUGACAUUUUUCAUGUAUUCAUGACCAAUACGGUAAGAAAUUAUGUAAAUACCAAGUUCAAAAAUGGACUAUGA